CCAGCGAGUCGAGAUGCAAAUAACACCUUCCCGUUCGACGGCAUAGAUUUUGAGACUCUUUCAGAGGAAUCGCUUGCUGCUGUACUGUUCUCUGUACCUGCUCUCUAUGAUCUCGGUCAGACGACCGUAGUACGACUGUCACAAAAGCUUGCAAUGAAAGGUGGCGGAAAUGUACUCUCCAGCGAGGCAGCUGUUCUUCAACUCAUCACAUCCAAAACUGAUAUUCGAGUUCCUCGUGUCCAUCGCGCCUGGCAGGUUGAAGACGAUACUAAGUAUUUCGGCACAAUGGGAUAUCUCAUUAUGGACUACAUUGAUGGUCGACCCCUGGACAGCUGCUGGGACGAACUAAGUACAGAUCAAAAGCUGGACAUUGCAAAUCAAACGGCCCAAAUGGUCGUGAAGAUGCAGGCUAUCGAGUUGUCUGUACCAAAAGCAGGUCCAAUUGGCGGUGGGCCCUGUUGUGGGAGAUGGUUCAGUCAUUACUCCGCCGGGCCAUUCGAAACUACGUCGGAGAUGGAAGAUUGGUUCAAUCAUAAGCUCGAGAUUUGCAAGGCUUGGAGAAAGGCCCCACAGGAUAUACCAGCCUUUAAGUUUACGGAGCUAGUGAUCACACAUCAGGAUAUUAGCCCUCGCAAUCUAAUUCUGGAUGCUGAAGGACACGUGUGGCUGGUAGACUGGGCUGAUGCUGGUGCCUACCCCCGUGUAUUUGAGAGCGCAAGUCUAUCCUCUCAAUCUAGUUUUCCUGACUUCAACGACAUGGUAUUAUCUCGUCUGCCGCGGUAUCCGCAGGAGGAGGAGCAGUUGAAGUCCGUUGGAUACGCGCUGUCAGUUUGCCCUCUUGCUUAA